AUGGCGUUUGGGUCGGACUCUCCGUCCGGACGCUACGCGUCUCUGGAGGAAGGUGCGCGGUCUUUUCAGAAAAAGUUCGAAGACAUGAUUUCGACUUUGACCAAGAAGACGCUGCCGAUUCAAAGAAAAGCCUUCGAAUGCUGCGUCUCCUGCUUCGAUCUCCACAAAGACGAUCACGUGAAAAUCGGAGACUGCAUGACAAAGUGCCACCAGCCUGGCGAGGCCAUCAUGCGCUCCCUACAAACUGAGACCGAAGUUCUUCAAAGCAAACUCGAGGCAUGCCAAAAGACGUGCUACACGCGUUUUGCUCAGCCUGACAAGUCGGCGGAUUCUGCGAAAUUUGAAGCCGAGCGCGAAAAGUGUUUCACCCAGUGCUUCGCAGAAGUCGAGCCUUUUCUCUCGGAGGUUGCUCACCGCGUCACCCGCCGAAUCGACGAGGCUUCCCCAUGA